GGAGGCGUUGUUGGGGAAGCAGAAAUUGAAACCACCGGUGGUAUUGGGAGCAUCAUGCCGCAAACCCGCUCCCCCACCAAGUGCAUGAUUAUCGAUACCUCUCUCUUACGUGUCAUCUUCUCAUUUGUCCGUCACCGGUCGUCGGGAUUCAUAGCAACACCACCACCCACUAAAACAAUAUCUGUCUUUUUCCUCCAUUCUUCUUCUUCUUCUUCUUCUUCUUCUCCUUCUUCUCUCUGCUUUAACUCGUAAACCGCAAUCUCUCUCUGUUUUUUCUUCCUCUAAACUCUCCUCUCCCCUCCUUGCUUUCCCCAUUUGCAUGCUCUUUCAUCUACGUAUCAUUUCCCAUUUCCCAUUUCCAUUUCUGAAUCUUCUUUGUCCCCUCCCCCCUCUUUUUCUAACUAACCCCAUUUCACUUGGAAAUGAUUGAAGCUGUGGAGAGUUCUAUCAAUGGCGGGUUCUCCCAUUUGCAGAGCUGUGGGGAUAGUAGUGAGGAAGAGCUUUCCGUGCUUCCUCGCCAUACAAAGGUCGUUGUUACUGGAAACAAUCGUACCAAAUCCGUCCUUGUUGGACUUCAAGGCGUUGUUAAGAAAGCCGUUGGGCUUGGCGGGUGGCAUUGGCUGGUUCUAACAAAUGGUAUAGAGGUGAAACUACAGCGGAAUGCGCUUAGUGUGAUCGAGGCUCCGACGGGUAAUGAGGAAGAUGACGAUCUCGAAUUUGAGAACUUGCAAUGGAAUAGAAUUGAUAUGGCAUCUGAUGACGCCCAAAAAUCCCACAAAUCAAGGCAUAAAUUACACAAAUCAUCUGGAUCAUCUCACAAGACAAUGAGCAGAUCACUUUCCUGUGACUCACAGUCGAAGAGCUCGGUUUCUGCACCUCAAGGAUCCACGAAGGUUGACCUUAGUAAAUUGGAGAUGGCUGCACUGUGGAGAUAUUGGCGACACUUCAAUCUGGUAGAUGCCAUUCCAAACCCGUCAAAAGAGCAAUUGGUAGACCUAGUUCAGAGGCAUUUCAUGUCACAGCAACUGGAUGAGUUGCAGGUCAUAAUGGGUUUUGUGAAGGCUGCAAAGAGGCUGAAGACGGUGUGCAAAUGAGAAGAGUAGAGAAACCGGCGAAUCCAUUAAGUUGAUUCCCAUGCUAACUGAUAAUUCAGCUGAAUCAAAAGAAAAAAAUGUUUCAAUUCUAUCUGUAACAUAUGUAUCGAUCGAUCGCAAAUGGUUUUUGUCUUUCUGGUCGGGUUUAGAAGGGGGGGGAUGUCAGCACGAUUUCUAUCGUAGUAGUUAAUAGAGUAAUAUCUUGUUUUAGUGACGAUGUUACUUGUAAGUUGUGAUGUAGAUAUGUGUAAACUGCAAAUAUUAGAGACCUAUGAGAGAGAAAUGCCCCAAACAACUUUGCUUUUCUAAGCCUUUGUUUAAUGUAAUGCUGACUAACUUUUGGGGUUUCCAUUGCCCAAAAAUGUACAUAUUUUGUUGUUUGAUCUUUCCAAA